CGCCGGUGAUGCCUCCGCGGGGGGCGGCGGGCGGCUGCCGCCGGCGGCGCCUGGCGCCCCUCAACGAGGACAACGGGCGGUUCCUGCUGCUGGCCGCCCUCAUCGCGGCGUACCUGAGCGCCGGCGCCACCGUCUUCUCGGCCCUCGAGAGCCCGUCGGAGGCGGCGGCGCAGCUGCGCUGGAACCGGACCCUGCACAACUUCAGCCGCAUCUUCAACAUCAGCCUGCCGGAGCUGCGCGCCUUCCUGCGGAGCUACGAGGCCGCCAUGGCCGCGGGCAUCCGCGUCGACGCCCUGCGGCCCCGCUGGGACUUCCCCGGCGCCUUCUACUUCGUGGGCACCGUCGUCUCCACCAUAGGUUUUGGAAUGACCACACCAGCAACAGUGGCUGGAAAAGUAUUCCUCAUCGUUUACGGGCUGUUUGGGUGUGCCGGGACUAUCCUCUUCUUCAACCUCUUCUUGGAGCGCAUUAUCUCUCUCCUGGCAUUCAUAAUGAAGGCUUGCCAUGAGAGACAGCUGCGAAGAAGUGGUCUCCUACCUCCCAACUUCCGAAGGGGGUCAGCUAUGGCUGGGGUGGGCAGCCUCAUCGGGUGGAAGCCAUCAGUUUACCAUGUGAUGCUGAUUCUGGGAAUUUUUGCUAUCACCCUUUCUUGCUGCGCAUCUGCGAUGUACACGUUGGUGGAAGGAUGGAACUACAUUGACUCCUUGUACUAUUGUUUUGUCACCUUUAGCACCAUUGGCUUUGGAGAUUUGGUAAGCAGCCAAAAUGCUGUGUACCAAAAUCAGGGAUUAUACAGAUUCGGAAACUUCAUGUUUAUAUUAAUGGGAGUAUGUUGCAUAUACUCUCUUUUUAACGUUAUCUCAAUUAUGAUCAAGCAACUCUUGAACUGGGUGUUGAAAAAAUUCGAAUGCAGAUGUUGCCCAAAGUGCCAUAAAUCAAGUGCCCGCCUUGGACGUCGCAACGCCAUCACACCAGGAGCACGCCUGCGUCGGCAUAAAAUCUCAAUGGACACUGAUGGACAGUACGACAGUGACACUGAGGGCAGGAGGCUCUCCGGUGAGAUGAUCUCCAUGCGGGAGCUCAUGGCAUCAAACAAAGUCUCCCUGGCCAUUUUGCAAAAGCAGCUGUCUGAGACGGCCAAUGGCUACCCAAGAAAUGUUUGUAUCAAUACAAGACAAAAUGGUUUCUCUGCAGGGGUGGGUGCUCUAGCCAUCAUGAACAACCGCUUGGCAGAAACGAGUGAUCAUAGGUAGAGUUUUUGAAAUGCUUUUUUGUUUCCUUAAUAAAAAUGGUGAUUUACAGAGGAAUUAUCAUUGUAAACUACUGGAAAGUUUUAAAUUCAGAAACAGACAGUAUUCAUUGGGCAUCCGGCAAUUUGGUUUCUCAAGUUUUUAUGUAUUCUCUAAUAUGCAGUAACAUAUUUACCGUAAUGUUACAGUUUUCCCUAGAGAGGUUUUUGGGAGGGACUUGGGUGUCUUUGAUGAAGAAUCUGAUGCAAUUGCAGAAGAAUGGUGUGCAUGGUUAUGAUGCUACCAAAACCAACAUCUUCCUCAGAAAGUAACCUCAACCCAAACUCUGGGUUAAAAUGCAUUCUGGGCACAUUCAGUUCCAGAUUCAAACUCGGGGGAUAAGGAUUGGCUAAACCAGUAUCUCACUUUGUUGAAGUCUGGAUCUGGCCCUGAACUUUGUACUUGACGCUCUUCACCAGUUCCUCAUACCAGGCCUGUAUAUAACAUACACGUAGGUGAUUGCAGUUAUGCCAGCUUUAGGGUGAUUGUGCUUCACUUCAAUAAUCCUACUGACCUCAAUGGCAGAGGAUCAAAUUGACUGAAUUCCCCUGACUGUCAAUGAUUUUUUUCAGCUAAUCUUGUUUAAACCACUAUGUGCUACAUAACUAUUAAAAGUCAGGGGAUUAUCAGUCAGAAGAAGCAUGCUAAAAAUGUGCAAAACUAUUCCUACCUACUGAAUAAGUGAAAACACGCCAGAGAAGCUAGUAUUCAUCUCUGGUGUCAAAUGUUUGCAUUACCACUGAAAUGUAAGUUAAACUGUUUACGAAUUACAUUACUUUUACAUGAAAUAGUCUGAUAAAGUGAAUGUAGGCUCU